UUCAACAACACAAUAGUUUUUCAACAUUUCCUGAUAGUUUCGUGCUCCGAAAAAUUUUUUUAGUCAUUAUGCCGCGGUACUAUCCCAAACAAGAGAAAAUUGUUGAUUUCGACAACAUUUUGGAGGCGAUCAAGUCGGUGAAAAUACAUCACAACAGCGUUCGACAAUCUGCGACGGCACACAAAAUUCCGAGGACCAACCUGAUGCGUUAUAUUGCAGCAUUUGAUGGUGCGAGCAUCGACGUUACUACUGCCAAUGCCGAUGUAAUGAAGAAUUUGCUGGCUGAAAGCACGACGAUGGGCACAAAAACAAUCUUCAACAUCGAACAAGAGAAGGCGCUGAUAAGCUACAUUCUCCAGGCCAGCGACAUCAUCAAAUUAGUUUGAUGGAGCUUCGUAAGCUCGCGUAUGAAUUUGCUCGGAAAGUUGGCGCGUCGUAUCCGGAUCCAUGGAACGACAAUCAACAGGCGAGUAAGGAUUGGCAGUUGGCGUUCAUGAAACGCCACAAAAAUUUGUCACUGCGAACA